AUGCUGAGACUACCGGGCCGGCUGGCUGUGCUCGCUGCCCUAGGCAGCUGCUCUCUGCAGCGCCUCUCCAGAUCUCGGCUAGUGUCAGUGUCACGGGCAGCCCAAUCAGUGUGUCAGCGCCGCUCCCUGUGGACCUCACUCGCAGCUGCGGCAGCAGAUGGUGGAGACAGUUUUGCCGAACCCCCGCUGACUGAGGCCGAGUGGCGGGCUCGUCUCACGCCCCACCAGUUCGCCGUGACGCGUCUCGGGGACACGGAGCCGGCGUUCUCCGGUCGCCUGCCAGCCGCCUCCUCCGCCUCGGACCAGUAUGGCUGCGUGUGCUGCGGCGCGCCGCUGUUCCGCGCCGGAGACAAGUUCGACUCCGGCUCCGGGUGGCCCUCGUUCACGGCGGCGGCCGGCAGCGGCGCUGACGGACUCCCGCGCGAUACCAACGUGAUGAUUCGGCGCGACACCAGCUACGGUAUGGUGCGCGAGGAAACGCUCUGCCGCCGCUGCGGCGCCCACUUGGGUCACCUGUUCAACGACGGGCCGCCACCCACCGGUCUCCGCUACUGCAUUAACGCUGCAGCGCUCACACUGCUCGACAGAGAGGCCGAAUCUGGGGGCGGCGACGACAGGCCGUGAGGAUAGCGUAACCAGAGCGGUGAGUAGCCAAAGAUGCACCGAUAGACGGGGCUGUGAUAUAGGUUAUCCACUUAGGCUAGGCCUGCCUGAGCUGGCGGAGAGAUGUACCGAUGUUCUGAUCGGUACGUCUGGCGCAAAAUGUCUGAGGGACUGUAGUGUAUUAAAAAAUCAUUAAUGAUAAAGCAUAUACCUCUUCAAUGCAAUACGUUUUAUUUGUGCGGUGUGUUCGUUGUGUACAUGAAAACACUAGGUUUUGAAUGAGACUAACGUUCAGGCAUCGUAUGAUAUUUAGAUCGAGGAUGCCCACAAAUUGUCGUCAACCGAAUUCUAGUAGGCGCUCCUUGGAGGUUAUUGAACACAUGUAACAAGAACACAUAUACUCGUGAACGUUACAAUUGCCCACGUUUAAUACACAUAUCAUCAUCAGC